UAUUGUUGACAAAUAGGCGUGUUGCAUCAUCUUAAUCUUGAAGGAUUUACAUAAAUCUUGUAUGCAGAAUUCCCGCUGUAGUACACCAAAGUCUCUCCCUGGCAUCGGUCGUGCUGCAGUCACAAGGUCCACACGUCUGAGCUCCACUUCCCUCUGCGGGCCAGGGCGUAGCUACCUUUCCUCCCUUCUCAUUCCCAACUCUCUCCACUUCUCACUGCGCCGGCCUGUGUUUCUUCCCCGUUCAUCCUCCGCAUCCUCUCCCUAACGGUGGAUUCAUGCUCAGCUCUCGCCCUCCUCGGUCGCCAUGCAGAACAACCACCACAAGGAGCACCUCUACAAGAUUCUUGUCAUAGGGGACCUCGGGGUUGGCAAAACCAGCAUCAUUAAGCGGUACGUCCACCACAACUUCAGCCCUAACUACCGAGCCACCAUCGGGGUGGACUUCGCGCUCAAAGUCCUCAACUGGGAUCAGGAGACUGUGCGCCUGCAGCUGUGGGACAUCGCAGGUCAGGAGAGGUUUGGAAAUAUGACCCGUGUGUAUUACCGUGAAGCCAUGGGUGCCUUCAUUGUGUUCGAUGUGACACGGCCUGCUUCCUUUGAGGCGGUUACGAAAUGGAAGGAGGACUUGGAUUCCAAACUGACACUUGCCAAUGGAAAACAUGUAGCUACUGUGCUUUUGGCUAACAAAUGUGACCAGGGUCGAGAUGUACUGACCAAUAAUGGAAUUAAGAUGGAGCAAUUUUGCCAGGAGAAUGGCUUUGUGGGAUGGUUCGAGACAUCAGCUAAGGAGAAUAUCAACAUUGACGAGGCAGCCAACUGCUUGGUGAAACACAUCCUUGCAAGUGAGAACGACAUGCUCCAAUCAGACGUUCCUGACACCAUUACCCCUCAGUUAGAUAAGGACAAAGGAGGGACUUGCUCUUCCUGCUUUAGGUCCCAGUAACAGUAAAAACUCAACAGUUGGACGUCCUUCUGUAUCUCAUUUCAAGCAUUGUCAAGUUUGUGUGAAGUGGAAGAAUCAUUCUGGCUUUUUUUCAGAAGGAAGGUACGGGUGCCAGCUCUUUUCCUGUCUGGUAGCUAGGGGGGGAUGACAGAGAGGCAGCUGGCUUAAGAAAUAGGAAACAGUGACAGAAAGAGAGAUGGAUGCAGCUGUGCGCACUUGUCAAAGCCAAGGUCACCCUUUUGGCGACUUCAAGUCUUGACGUUGCCAUUUCGGUUGCUAUGGUGACACAGUUAACGAGCAGAUGCAGGGAGAGUUUGCAGGAAAUCACAGUAUACCAAAGGUCUGUGGAGGUAAUUACAACAUACAAACUACUACAGAUCCCUCUCUUUCUCCCUUUUGUCGCCUCUUUUUCAUGUUUUGUUCCCCAUACAGACAGUAGUAUUAUUUUUCUCCACAUUAAUUUGGGAUAAAGAAAUUUAGAAAAUGUUUUCUUCCAACUUUCUAAAGCAGCCCACCUUCAUUACCAAUUAGACCUUAGCCUCCACACCAUGUAAGGAUGCUUAUGAUCAGGUUUCUUUUGAAUUUUCUAAUCAUCAUUUUUAUUUCACCAAUAAUACUGGCACAACUAAAGCCAUACAUGGGAGAUUAUAUGGAUUUAAAACACCCUUUAUAAUAGAAUCCAUAUUAUUUAAGGAGUUCAACAGAUACACGUAUUAUAUAUUAUUUUUAAGUGCACUUAAAGGUGCCCACGUCUUUUCUCUUUUCGUCACUGCAGUAGAAUUCAACCCAUUGGUAUGGCAAGAUACACUGCCUCUGCAAAAACGAAAUUGCCACCAAAAUCAACGGUCACACACUUUAAUACAUACUCCAAUACUUUGUUGGACCACCUUUCCCUUUGAUUACUGCACAACAUUACUGUGGCAUUGUUUCGAUAAGCUUCUGCAAUGCCACAAGAUUUAUUUCCAUCCACUGUUGCAACAAAUUUUCAACAAGAUCUUGUGUUGAUGGGAGAGUCCUACCACUGUGCAAAGCCUUCUCCAGCACAUCCAAAAAUUCUCAAUGGGCUUCAGGUCUGGACUCUGUGGUGGCCAAUCCAUGUGUGAACAUGAUACCUCAUGCUCCCUGAACCACUCUUUUACAGUUUGAGCCCCAUUAAUCCUGUCAUUCUCAUCUGGAAAUAUGGCUGUGCCAUCAGGGAAUAACUUGAUGCCAGCUGAAAGAUGAUCGCUCAUGCAGUAAUUAAUCAAUAGGAGGCUCGUACCUAUUUGCUUAGUUAAAUCCAGGUGGCAACUUUGUUUUUUGCCAAAUGUAUUUAAAAUUAUAUAAGAAUGAGUGUGUAUUAAAGAAAGCUGUGCUAAAGCACAGACUGCUUUACUUCAGUGGUUUUAUAUUACAUUUCUAUUCCACUGUAAAAUGUUUGUAACGUUUGUAAUUUUGGGAUAAAUGCGAAUGUGGAAACAGCUAUGUACAUAUUAUAUAGAGAAAACUAUGACAGACUGUAGAACCAAAGAUGUAUCCACUUUUAAAAAUAUUCAUAUAAAUAAAAGCUUUACUGCCUU